CAUUUUGUGUUAUCAAAAUUUCAACUUAUCACUUCAUUUCAGAAAUUUCAUAUUCGAAAAGUUACGAAAUUUACAUAAUAUAGAAUUUAACGCCUUAAUCCGCGAAAUUUGAACAAAAAAUACUUCCGAAUAUUCGAAAAGUUGACUUUAUUCAUUCACCAUGGAUUGUGUUCUGGAAAUCGAAUCCAACGAAAAGUUACUACUCACCGAAGGGAUUUCCAAUUUCAAAUCACUCCUCCCAGCGAAGUUGAACAACUCCUGCACUUUCUCCGAUUCAUCAUCGCUUUCAAAUUUGAACGAUAAAUUCGACAUUAUAGUGAGCUUAAACGUUAACUCGUGCAAUUUGCAUGACUCAUCGGUAUUGUUAUCCUAUUCGAAACUGCUCAAGCCCGGAGGUCGAUUCGUAAUCUAUCAAAUUGUACAAGAAUCCGAUCAAGGCGAACAACUGAAGAAAAAUCUAGUAAUAUCGGGCUUCGUGAACAUCGAUCUCAAGCCAACCAAACGAUUCUCCAUCAAAUUCGACGACUGUCGAGUAGAUGAAGAAUUUCACGGAUGCAGCGGUAAAGAAAUACUCUACAUUCAGAGCGAAAAACCGCAUUACGAGGUUGGUUCGUUUAAAACGCUUUCUAUAUCGAAAUUGCAAUCCAACAAAGCGGAUGACGUAGCUGCCGUUUGGAAACUAGAUGAUGACGAAGAAGAUUACAUAAAUGCCGAUGAUUUACUCGACGAAGACGAUUUAAAGAAACCAGAUCCUUCGUCACUGAAAGUUUGCGGAACUACCGGAAAGAGGAAAGCGUGCAAAGGAUGCUCUUGCGGUUUAGCAGAAGAACUCGAACAAGAAGCUAAUAAAAAUAAAGAUACUUCUCAAGCCAAAUCAUCUUGCGGAAAUUGUUAUUUGGGAGAUGCCUUCAGAUGUGCCAGUUGUCCAUACCUGGGUAUGCCUGCGUUCAAACCGGGCGAAAAAGUAGAACUUAGCGAUCAAUUCUUAUCGCCGGAUAUAUGAUUAGUUCAUUUUACACGCAUUCGUUAGAGUUGUUUUAAAAAAUAUUAUAGUUCAUUUUAUAUUAUCAAUUAUCAUUACUACGUUUGAAAAUUCCGAAUACAAAAGACGUUUAUCUACCGAAA